ACACAUAGAUACACAUACAUCCCUAUACACAAAAAGAGAGAGAAAGGCAGAGACAAAGACUCGGAUCGCAGCACCGUUCCCACCCUUCCAGAAACGACAGCAUGCCACCCCAGGAUCCUUCCGACCGCGCCACUGCUUUGGAUUCGGUGGCCUCGGGGACCAGCGGCGAGCCCGACCGCGAACGCAUGGAUUCCUGCCCGGACACGGGCGGGCGCUUGCUCCUCCCGGGAGAUCUCGAGCGCCUGGAAUCCCGGCGGGCCCUCGGCCCCGAGGGGGCCCGCCUCCUGGCGGAGCGGAGGAGGUCCUUUCUGGUGGAGUUUUCGGAGAUGAGGGGGCCCCCGCAGAUCGCCCUGCUCAUGGCCCUCCUGGCGAUCGGCUUUGGAUCGACGAUCGGGGUCACCCCCGCGGUCAUGGCGGACCGGUUCGCCAGGCUGCACCACGGGUACAACGGAACGGUCCCCUGCGACGGCUUUGCUUCGCUGGACGGAGACGGAGAAGGGAGCAACGUCGAUGCGGACGACCCUUCGGUUCCGCUCUUUGCCACAAAGCCCGAGGCCUGCUUCCUGGGCGGAUCGGACGCCCAGGCGGCGGCCUCCGUUUCCAACCUGGUCAACAACGUCCUGACCUUUCUGACGUCCUCCCUGGUGGGAUCGCUCUCGGACGAGCUCGGGCGAAAAGGUGGGUAGCGCGGUUGCGGUUGGGACACUCCGCUGCAUUGCAUGGAUUGCAUUGCAUGGAUUGCAUUGCAUGGAUUGCAUUGAGUAUGCACUGGCAUUGCACUGGCAUUUGAUGUGAUGUGAUGUGAUGUGAUGUGAUGUGAUGUGAUGUGAUGUGAUGUGAUGGGAUGUGAUGUGAUGUGAUGUGACGCGUUUCAUUAUUAUUUGAGUCCUUUGUUGGUUUGCAAGCGCUGCUCUUGCGUGCCGACGUCUUCAUGAGUCGACUCUCACCUUUGUUUCCUUUCGCCCGCUUCCAACCUCCACGGUUGAAAUCACGUUCUCACGCAAUCCGAUCUACCAAAAAAACACGAAACAAUCGACACCACGACACCACCAUAUACAAAUCACAACGAUGAAACAACCACAACCUCAACCAGGCCCCCUCCUGAUCGGCCUCGUCAUGGCCAUGAUGCCCUCCCUCUUUCUCUACGUCAUCUUACACGUUCCCACCAUGAGCCCCUGGUGGUAUUACGCUACCAGUGCCUCCACGGGGUUGAUUCCCUGGAUGGCCAUUGCGCUCAGCGCACUCAACGACGUCCUCCCGCAGGAAUUCCGAGCCGCCGGGACGGGCCUCCUUUUUGCGGGCUUUUUGCUGGGGAUCUCCCUGAGCCCGACGCUCGGGUUGCUCCUGGAGCGGAAGACGCUCUGCCUGGUGAGUUUUGCGGUCAUCGGGGUGGGCUUUCUAAUGACGGCUUUCUGGAUCCCGGAAACCCUGCCGGCGGACGUAGCGGAGCAGGCCAGGAAGCGGAGGAAAGAGGCGGAUGCCAUCGACAACGAGCGGGACGGAGAGCGGCUAGAGGAAUCCCUGCGGUCGCCCUCCGACGGUCUGUCGAGGUACCUGCGUGUCGUUUAUUACGGGUCCCGCCCCGCCCGGCUGCUCCGGAGAUUUCUGGUGCGGCCCUUUUUGGAAAUGUCCAUCAUCAACCGGAACAGCUUCUUCCGUCUGAUCUCGGCGCUGGCCCUCUUCACCGGGAUGGUCCAGAGCGGAGACCAGGUACUCUUGAUCUAUUACCUCGAGGACCAGCUCGAUUUUGACCAGAAAGACGUCAGCAUCAUGUUCCUCAUCAUCGGAGUCUGCGGAAUCCUCGUCCAGGUAUUUGUUAUGAAGCCACUCAACGAUGCGGUGGGCGAAAAAAUGGUGGUGGUCAUCUCCUUUGCCGCGGGGGCGAUCGACAAUUUCAUGUACGGGAUCGCCCACCGCAAGUCGACCGUCUUUACCGCUCUCGUCGUCUCGAGCCUGGCCACCAUGUCCUUCCCGACCAUCUCGGCCAUCAAAGCCAACAACGUCGUCGACAGCGAGCAGGGCCGGAUCCAGGGGGCCCUCUGGAGCGUCAAGGCACUGGCGUCCGGGGUCGGCCCCGUGUUCCUGCAGUGGGUGUACUCCCGCACCAAGAACGACGGCUGGUUCGGCCCGGGAACCAUGUUCUUGGUGGCCGGGGGGCUCUUUCUCGUGGCCGUGGGUCUGGCCCUGGCCCUCCCCAACGACAAGACCAACACGAGCUCCAGGCACGGUGGGGGUGGCUCGCCUGCUUCGGAAGCCCUCGUCCAGGCCGGACAGCUCGACGAAUACCGGCGGCUGGCGGCCAGCGAUUCUUCCUCCUUCGAGGACGACGGCGACGAGGAAGAAGAAGACACGAGCACAUACGGGAGCCUGUAACGGGAACGAUGGUGCGAGACGCGAGACGCGAGAGAAUUUACGGCAA